AUGAAGCUCAUAAGAUUCUUGAAGAAAUGCAAAGGCGAAAAGGUUAAGGUUGAAACAAAGGAGGGUAGAAAGAUCGAAGGCAGAAUAACUUCUGUCGAUAAAACAAUGAACGUAGAGAUGGAGGACGCUGUGGUUGACGGGGUGCCUGCAAGCACAUACACAGUGAGGGGAAGCUCUAUUAGGUACAUUAUGUUCAGAGAUGAUAUUGACUUUAAACCUUUGCUGGUUGAUGAUAGGCCAAGAAAUAGGACCAAAGACCAGGAAGCGACCAGAGUUAAGCGGAGAAAAACAAAGGUGUGA